AUGUGCAAAAUGUGCUUUCCCGUAUUCAUCGCUAUUAAUUUGCCGCAUUUAGCGACAUCAUAUGCGGUUGCUAGUCGUCUUUUACAAACAUAUGAUCGUACACUCGGUAAACUUCCAUUCGUCAAAUCGCAUCACGAAUUCAAGCAGAAGACUGCAGUUGAAAAAAAUUCUGCUUGGAAUGUGCACAGUCGUGCUAUGCGUUCGCGUAAUAUACAGCGACAGCCCCACACCAACAGUGGCAGAGUUAAAGUUCAAGACACUUUAACUUGGAGGGUCAUUCUUGCUGUUGACAACACCAUAUUAUUCUUCUGUGUCAUUAGACCAUUUAAUACUUUUUUAGACUCCAUAACUGGUGUUGAACUUCACACAAAGAUCAUAACAUGUAUAAUCCGCUCUAAUGUAUCAAAUAUUUCUAACGAAAAAUUAGUUGCCAACAUACUUCUAGUUAACGAAGCAGACAAUGAAACUCAUAAACUCCGAAAACGUUUGGCAGACCAAGUGUCGCUACCGCAUAACCCAGAAGCAGUUCAGGACCUACAAAAACACUCUACACCUCUCACAACGCCUGUAACUGAAGAAGCUAAAGAUGUCUUAGCUUCUAGAGCCACUGAAUUUACCUCUGAGACUCCUGAUUUCGCUGAUGGCCUUGAUCGAAACACUUUGACAAUCACUGAGAGUGAAAACGAUUCUACACACACUGCUGACCACUCUUACUUUACAGUCACUACUGUCUCUCGUGAUUCUCACACUAUGAGUGAAAAAAAGCCUGCAAAAGUUACCCUUCCUUUGAGCGCUGCUCCAACUAUGGCUACAAGGCGUUCUUCUUUGACGAAUAACAGUGAUUCAAGUGUUUCGAGAACUGUAGAAAAAUAUAUAUCCGCAGCAGUUGCUCCCUUUUUGAGUAGUACUACAACUGUAGCUAAAAAACAAUCUGACUCUACAAAUAACGGUUUUUCAAGUGCUUUUACAACUACAGUUGAACGCGAAACCGACGCACUUGCUCCUUUAUUCGAAGAUUAUUUAACUUUAAUUGAAUACUACCCUUUUGAAAUGGCAUUUUUACCAAGCUAUGUCGAGAAUGAACUCUCUUCUUCACCAACCUCCGGUGACUAUAAUGAUUCUACAACUACAACUGGCUACACUUCUACAGCUGUCAAACUCCCGCAGAACUCCUCAGCUAUCAAAAAUUUGAAAGCUUACUUGCGUGACCGCAAACUGAAAGAGCCGGUGGUUAAACUAUGGCUAACAGUGCUUAUUCUGUUUCUCGUUUCAAUACUGUUCACAUUGACAUCCGGAAUCGCGUACCGCUUUUACCAACAAAAUGAGGGAUUACCGCGAAAAAAGUGUAAGUACUGCGUGGCCAGAAUAGGAAAUUGUAUACUGCCAUUUCAAACCUUUGAUGAACGGUAUUACCGAUGGGCAAUGAAAAGCGGAAUAUUUUUCAAUGACUUUACUUCACCGCCGUAG